UUGCAAAGGGGCACCCACUGGCAAGGCAACGGCCGUCGAAGCUCAGACUUGCAAUUCCCGAGCCGCGACGACCGACCUCCAGCGCCCGACCGACUUGCCACCGACCCGCGCCGAGUCCACUUCCGGGGCCAUGAGCCGCAACCACGACGAUACGUACGACGACAGCGACGACGAGUUGAUGUUUGUCUUUGAGAUGAGCGACGCCGAGGACGACAGCCGCCGGGUCCGCGCGGCCCGGCCCGCCAACCCCAUGGCGCAGCUCCUCGAGCUCGAAGAUGCUGGCGGCUCGUUGCCCCCGCCCCCAUUGCUAGGCCCAAAGCCCGCCAUCAAGCGCAAGGCGUCCCGUGAUGAGGACGACGACGACGACGACGUGUACCGUCCGACGGCCAAGCGCCAGCGGCCGGCGACGCGCAGCGUCAAGGUCCAGCACGCGCGCACCAAGAACAUGGCGAUUCCGUGGGCGACGACCGUGGGCGGCGCGACGGCCAUCGAUUACUUUUGUCGCCACUCGAUCGAGUCGUCUUGCUCGCCGCUGCGCCUGCAGUUCCACUCGCUCUUUGUCGGGUCGACGCAAGACGCCAGCCCGAGCACGCCGUGGCGCCCGUCGUCCCACUGGCUGCAGCCUUCGCGCAACCAAUUCUCCUACUGAAGCACAUCCGAACGACUCGACGACGCCUGCCACCAAAAAAGAAGCACCUCCUGCGUACCACCUCCUCGACCAAGACCUAAAAUCUACCAUUACGUAACCUCUAAGCAGCUCGUCGUCGUCGGUU